UGCCAUGUGAGCACAGCGCCUGGCCAACGUUUAAAGUGCACCGAAGGAUCAAGAUCCCCGUUCUCGCCAAGGGUAUUCACUUUAAGGCGCCGUAAAAAUAAAUGUCUGUAACUGGUUAGUCAUUAUCAUCGCUGUCUUCUAAAUGGUUCAUAACGUAAAGCAUUUUGCAGGUGUCUUAGCAUAUAAGAUUCACAGUGGCUCGUUUCGUUCGCCAGACCCAUCUCAUCCAUUCAGGGCUUGUGCACAUACCCUUCAUCUUGGCAGAGGCCGCCAGGAAAGUGAGCUGGUCAGCCAAGCGGGGGCCAGAGAGCAAAAUGAGGAGAAACGAGACCCUCCAUGCAUCUCAAAAGUGCACAGGGGCUCUCAAGUUCAUCAGAAGUCGUAACCUUUAAUGCUUCCACUGCACAUCCCAUAUCUGAUCGUUGUUAUACAAGGGGCCGAUUCGACUAUCGCUCUGGCGGCAACGUCUUGUCGUGCGAUGUUGAUGCUACGGCUCCAACCGUUAUGGGAAGAACCCGGAGAAAUGGCCGAUUCGGCGCGACGGCCUUUCAUCGAUCGUCACUUGACUGCCGUUGCGCCUACAAGCCACUCCGUAGGCGACCUGAACAGGGUAAUCAAUGUUACUAGGCACACAGGAGUGCAAGAGGCACAAGCUCAUAGCUCGGACGAAACGCGGCAAGCCCCGACGCCAGCUAGAAUCCUGAUAACCAUUGCCCCUGCAUCUACUGUCCGAGCUCAACCAUAAGCCGGGCGCUCUUCCGUGGCUGACGGGUUCUGCAGCACCCGGAGGCGACACCCGCUCAACCAUGAUCACUAGACUAUACCGUAAUUAGUCCAGACGUCACGAGCUCAGACUAUUUUGUCUACAAAAUCUAAAGCGACCUACUCCUUCGUCCAGAGUGUCUAGAAGUCACGGUGAUCCGCGUCAGAAUCAAGAAUUCUCGCAACUCCUCCAUCAGUUGGACAUAAUGGAAGAUUAGAAUUGUUUGGGGAGGGGGGGGGUUGUCUUGACACUUCACCGUGUAUCUUGAUAUAUUUCGCCUCCAGUCAAGAACAUGCAUGAGUGGUCCGUGGUAAUAGUCGUAUUGCAUCGUUUCUAUAUCUGUAUUAGGUGCAUCUUAUUCUGAAAGUACAGUACUACCUGCGGCAGAAAUGCCAGUCCUAUCUAGCCUGCAGGAAAAGCGAC